AUGUCUCUUGUGACAAAAGCAAUCCGGGAAAGUGCAUCAGAAAUUUAUUAUGGUGAUGCAAUUUGUCAAGAAAAAUCAAGGGAAUUACUAGCAGAAAUGGGACUACCCAAUGGUCUUUUGCCUCUAGAAGACAUUGUGGAAUGUGGGUAUGUCAAAGACACCGGUUUUGUGUGGCUUAUACAAAAGAAAGAGAAGAAACACAAGUUUGAAAAGAUCGGGAAGGUUACCGCGUAUGAAAAAGAGGUAACCGCAUACAUAGAGAAGUUCAAGAUUAAGAAACUCACGGGUGUUAAGUCUAAGGAGCUUUUGAUGUGGAUCGCACCAAGUGAGAUAAGUGUUGACAAUCCACCCACGGGAAAGAUAAAUUUUAAGGCCGCUUCGGGCCUUCAAAGAUCUUUUCCGGUGUCGGCUUUUCAACUUGAUGAUGUGAAGAAAGAUGUUGGAGGUGCGAGUGUGGCUAAGGAUGCCCAAGUGAAGGAGGUUUGA